UGUUUCGGUUUGCCAACUCUAUUAAGAACUUUUAAACAUUUUCAUUUUUUUUCCUUUAAAAAUAUUAUGGAAAAAGGGGAAAAAAAACAAAAAACAGUCUAAUUAUGUCCGUCGUGAAACAAACAAAAGGGCACUCCUAGCCGGUCCAAACUCGCACUCGGCAAGAGCGAGUCCGGGCCGAGCUUUGCCAAUUGAAGACUAAGGGAGAGCACAACGGCGCAGAACAAUGGCGAAAGCGAAAAAGCCCCAAAAAUCACCUUCAGCUUCUGCGCAUGAUUCUUCCGAAGCUUUUGAAGAAGCGUCUCCAGAGGACACGGGAUUAUGUGUAAAAAGAAGCGAAGAGAUGAAAAGGGCAGCAAAAGCUAGCAGAUUUAACACGGAUAAUAAGAGAACGAAGACAAUUAAGAAGCCAAAAUCAAAGCAGAAGAAAAAAAAUGAUAAAUUUGACGUCAAUAAGCCAAAGAAACCACCUACUGCUUUCUUUUACUUUCUGGAUGACUUCCGCAAGGAAUUUCAAGAACAGAAUCCAGAUGUCAAGACAAUGCGUGAUGUUGGCAAGGCUUGUGGGGAGAAAUGGAAAACAAUGACGAAAAAGUACAAUAUUAUGAUAUUGCCACACAGAAACGUGCAGAGUUUGAUAAAGCCAUGGCAGAAUACAAGAAGAGGAAGGAAAGUGGAUUAGAUCAAGAAUCUGAGGAAGAUUGGGAGAUUGAUGAAUAGAGCUGGGGAAGAGCUCGUUCAAGGGCAACAAUAUUUUCCCCUUUUCUUUUCGUGUCUUUUUAGAACUAAUUUAUUUUCUGUAUUAAUUUCUGCUGCAAAUGGCCUUUUUUUAUUUAUAGAUAAUUAGUUAGAUUUAGAUCGGGCCUUACAAUAUCCAUCAAAGAGUUCAAUGUUUAUUUUUAAGUUAGAACUCGCUUCAUUUGUUAACCAAAUGUUUGUAAUUGCUUUAUGCCAACUCCAAAAGACUAUGCCCCGAUCGGGAUGGCGUUUGUUACUGUUAGAGGAAAAAGCUAUUGUUGGAGAAUCAAAA